UUUUGGAGUUACCUCACAGCCCUUUGUUGUUUUCCCCCGCAUAGUUUCAUCCGCCCAUACGCCCCCCAGUCUCCAAACUCAACCUAAACCCCAAUUUACCUUACCCAACUCCCCUUGUUAACACCCCAUCUUUCUUCAUCUCCUCUCCCCAGACAAACCCUCUCCGAAUCAUCAAUGGCAUCCAUCACAGCAUCCGCAUCAUUCACCCUCUCCAGACUCAUCUCCGCCCCCAAACCCUCUCUCCUUCCCCUCAAAGCCUCCCUCAUUUCAUCCUCAUCCUCCUUCACUUCUCUCCCUCUCAAACUCAAAUCCUCCCCCAGACAACCCCUCAGACACAAUUUCUCAACCACCCCCAAAAUCUCCGCCACCAUUUCCGUCGGCGACACUCUCCCGGACUCCACUUUCUCGUACUUCGAUUCCGCCGGGGAGCUCCAGACCACCACCGUCUCCGAUCUUACCAAAUCCAAGAAAACCAUCUUCUUCGCCGUCCCGGGGGCCUUCACUCCCACCUGCUCCCAGAAACACCUCCCGGGCUUUGUUGAAAAGGCGGCGGAGCUCAAGUCCAAAGGGGUCGACACAAUUGCUUGCGUUUCGGUUAAUGAUGCGUUUGUGAUGAAGGCGUGGAAGGCUGACUUGAAGGUCGGGGAUGAGGUGUUGAUGUUGAGUGAUGGGAAUGGGAAUUUCACGAAAGCUAUCGGAGUUGAGCUUGAUUUGAGUGAUCAGCCUGUGGGGCUGGGAGUGAGGAGCAGGAGGUAUGCAAUGCUCGUCGAUGAUGGGGUUGUGAAAGUGUUGAAUUUGGAGGAAGGUGGUGCUUUUACUUCCAGCAGUGCUGAUGAUAUGCUUAAACAUCUUUGAGGAGGUGGACUAGUUCUUUUUUUUUGUUUGUUUUAUUUUAGUUAAGUUAUGAAUAUGAACUAGCUUUGUUUCAGAUGCUGAGAUUGUACCAGUCUUCUCUGUUUCCGAAUAAUCUGAGUUUUCGACAUUGAGUUUAAUAAAUUAACUCCUAGACAAUGGCUGCUUCAUAUA